AAGAAUUCCACACAAUUAAGUGCUAUCUGGCUGCAAGGGGGGAACUACUUGCUACAGUGGGCAGCAACAUGACUUCUUUAUUAAGAUAAAUCUGCAAGCGCCUUGAGGCUUUGAGGGUUUCAUUUGGACAAGGACAAAAUGGAUCCAAGUCACAACAAGAACCACCAUGACCCGAAGCAAAAUCUUCAACGGGAGGAUGACGAUGUGGAUGCAUUGCUGGCUUCACUAGAGGAAGAGGACGAUUCUGCAUAUCGUGUCCAAAGGAUGCAAGAAUUGAAGGACGCACCAGCGGCUACCGGAACCACAGCCACCUUCGAUACUCUCAAGAAGGACUAUAUCACAUUGACGAGUGAUGAUGAGACACUCAAUUUUACUACCGAGCAUGAUAGGGCUGUGGUUCAUUUCUUCCAUCCUGACUUUUCAAGAUGCAACACUAUGGACGAUCAUUGCCAAGUCAUAGCAGACAAACAUGCUGAAUAUGGCAAUGCAGAUGUUUCGUUCGCCCGGGUCGAUGUCAAGAAUUGUCCUUUUGUCGUGGAAAAACUGGGUGUGAGAGUUUUGCCAUGUGUCAUUGGCUUCGUGAAAGGCGUCGUCAAGGGCAGAAUCACUGGAUUCGAGGGAUUGUGCUGGGACGGAAACGAGCGCAGCAUGAAUGUCACCAAAGCGGUCGAGGAGACCUUUGUCAGCUGGUCUGUCCUGCGGAAGAGGCUGCUUUUGGGCCACAGUGACGAUAGUGGUGAUGACGAUGAGGUCAACGUGCGUGACAGAACGUCGACUCGACGUGGUAUUUCUGGUCGCAAGCAGCAGGUUGAGGACGAGGACGAUGAUUGGGACUGAUCGUGACCUGAGUAUUCAAAGACGGGGUCGAGAAAGUUGUCAGUCCUGCAGAAGUGUAGCGAGGAUUGACCAAGGGAAGCACCGUUAGACCGGAAGCAUCAACGGAGGACGCGAACAGAGUUGGUUGAACCCACUGAUCUGGUCGACGAACUUGCCAUACACUCCACGCUCGAUGACAGUAUACACUGGCGCCACGAAAGACUGAUAUUCUCCUAUAUGCCAUUCGGCAGUCGGCUUCGCCAAUCCGACCCACAUUGAGAUCGGAAGGGGUUUCAAGGAUUGAUGGCCGACUACGCACUUCUUGAAGUCUGUGCGCAGGCGACAAUAGCAUAGAAUGUGGUGGACGUCAGAGACAAUACAUCGUUGAGACCUGGUAGCUAGGUAAUCAGGAGGUGAGAGUAGGAAAAACUACAUGCAUGUGCAAGGCCGGCGUUGUUGCAGAUAGCGGAAAUUAUAUUGGUGGCUUCCAGAAGAGCUGAAG